AUGCGUCUAUACAGAGCCUUCUUCUGGGGCAAGAACAAAUCGGAGAGAAGCCUCGUGAGUGUCACAACCCCAUCUGCUGUCUGCAUGGUCUUAUCUACCAAGAGACUCGAGGAGAAGGUGGAGCUGUUGUCCACGCAAGUGGCUACUUUAACACAACAUCUCCGUUCAACCUCAUUUCAAGGUUCCCGAAGUAAUUGCCCUACCAAUGAGAGUCUUUACUCCAGCAUUUCAUCCUCACACGACCGAUUAAAUGGAAGUCACUUUGCGUCUCCGGGAUCCCUGCCCAGGCCCAGAGACGUUCAUGAUGACGGCUUGAACAACGCUGUUAUACAUGACCUUGGAGGUCUGGCAGCUGCGGAUCGUCGACUGGAGACUUUCCGACGAGGUUUUGUCAACUACUUCCCAUUUGUGAUUGUACCUCCCAAAGUCAGCGUGGAAGCUCUUCGAUACGACAAUCCAUUCCUUUUCUUGUGUAUUAUGGCCGUCACAUCUUUUGAGGAUCCCAUACUACAGCGCAAACUAGGGCAGGAGAUCAAGAAGCAAAUUUGUGAUCGCUUAGUGAUGGGCCAUGAAGUUAGUAUGGAUCUGUUACAAGGUCUUUUGGUAUUCGUGGCUUGGUAUCAAUACUUCUGUCUGCCUGGGAAGCAUCAAUACUUCCUCAUGUUACAGCUUUGUGUUAAUAUGUGCCAUGAGUUGAGAUUAGACUCGAAUGAGAAGGGUAAGAGAGGUCUAGAGGAGGUUCAAACUCAGUUGAAAGCGCGAAAUCCGGCAGAGAUGAGAGCUCUUCUUGGAACAUAUUGCUUAUCAUCUUUGUUAUCGAUGGUGUUGAGAAAACGGACGAUUAUGUACUACACGUCGUAUAUGGAGGAUUGCUGCACAUAUCUUUCACAACUGAGGGAUGCUCCCAGCGAUCAAUUGAUCGCGCCAUUUGUGGAAAUCCACGUCCUUCAGCGGAAGAUUAGUGACGCUUUCUGCCACCACGAUAUAUCUACCUGCGACAUAAGAGGGGAGCGCGCACUCCAGAUCACCGUUGAUUCUUUCUCUCGUGAAAUUGAUGGACUUAAGAAGAAUAUUGGCUUAACAAACAGAAAUGCAAUUCUGGUCCAACAACUUCACUUCCUGGAUGUCUGGAUUCGCGAAGUUGCGCUCUAUAACGAGCUUUGGCAAAGCGCAUUCGUGCCUGCCCGACUCACUCAACCAGAGACUGAUCACUCACUUCACUUCUCAAUGCAGCGGACUAAUAUGCUGUGGCAGCUCGUCGCAGCAACUGCCUCAUUUCAUGAUUGGUGUCUGUCAGUUGACAAUACCGAGCUACUUCAUUUUCCAUUCUCCUGGUGGGCAGAUCUUUCUUACGUCAUUAUCGUUCAAGUCAGGACGGUUUUCCUCGACUGUGGGACUGGAAUCACAGGAAAAGAACAGAUAAAUUUAUGGGAACAUGACCAAGCAGAAUCACUAGAAGCUGACUUCAGAAGAGCUGCUGAAAAGGAAGUCAUGAUACCUCAUAUACUGGAUGUGUAUAUGAGGAAAUUGGCCACAGUGACCACGCAGCUUGUUGAUGAUGACGGCAACAGGGACAUGAUAUAUAAUUAUGGGGUUUUGCUAAAAAGCAUACAAUCUGGGUAUAAAAGCCGAAUUGAGGUUGAGAAUAGACCUGCGCCGGGGAAAUUUGAAACGCAGCAAAAGCAACCACCCCUUUCACAGCUGUCGCAUCCGGAAGUCAGGAGUACGGAAAUACGAGGAUCGACGCCGCCAGCAGUCAGCACAAAUCAUAUGGAGCUAGAAAUAGGUGACCUGCACAGUUCUUCUACAAGUCAACUGGAUUUGCAAUUUGAUUUGGCCGAACCCGGACAAGUAGACUCGCAAUCUGAUUUGGCCGAACCUGGAUUUGACGACUUCGUGUGGGACACGAUGAUGAAUGAGUUUUCAUUCCUCACACCCCAAAAUGGACCAUUUCUUUGA